AACCAGUCUAAAAAAGAAACCAGAAAAUGUGUUAAAUAUUGUUUUAAGGUAAAAAGAAAUAUUGACCAAUAAUCGGGAUCCCAUCAACACUGUCAGCUCAUGAUGUUGAGAGUUGGGUUACUAAUGAUGAAAAUUAAAUAAUGAAGUUAAAUAAUGACAAAUAGUCGAUGAUUGUUUAUGAUGUUGAUGUUGAUGAUGAGGGUUGUUAUAUAAAGGUGCAUGCGCUCGAUAAUAGCCGAUAUAUAACGUUUCUAUCAAUGCAUUUAAAAGGCCAAAUAAUGUCAAGGCUCUUCCCUGUGAAUUCCCAUAAAGCAGCAAGCAAAAAAGCCCCUCUCUGUGCACAGGCAGGGUUAAUCUUGAUCAGUUUAAAUGGAUGCAACUGAUGGACCUUCAUUCACCAUCAGCGCAGAGUUAUAAACAUUAUCCUACAUAGGCAAGGUGAGAUAUUGACUCACACGCAUGCUAAAAGUUUCAUUUUAUACUCUUCUUCUCCCUUUUUCUUCAUUUAUCAUCAUCUCGAGACUCUCUCCUUCUUUUCAUCUAAUGCACCACGAGAAUGUUAGGAUAGCCCGAAUCAAGUCAUCUCCAUAGUACCUUGUAACUUGAAAGGCAAACUUUCUUGUUCUUCAUUUCUUUACACGUUCCAUUCCAUAUCAUCGCCAUUAUCGUCACUAUCUCUUUUCUAGUCCUUCUUUUUUGUACCUGUUACAUUUAUUAACACUGAUCAUAAAUCUCGUUUGUUGCCUCUUGAACAUUUUCACUGUUUCCAUCUUGAAACUUUUCUGUUGCUCCUUUGCCUCUUUUUCCCUUGUUUCACUCCUGUUUUUGCUGUUAAAUUAAUCUUAUUAACUCAUCAAAUAUUGAACUUUACCAUCAACAUUGAUUAAAAUCAACCGAUUCACUGAUUUCUUUGAUAAGGCACGAUCAAUUUUGGAUCCAAUUUUGAUUUGUUUGCCAUCAUGGAGACACCAGCUCGUCGAUCAUCACGCUAUGGAACUCGGGUUGCAGCAGCUUUAGCUCAACAAGUUAUUUGUGAUUUAGUUUCAUACGAUGAGGUAGCCGCCAUUGUUGAUGAAGAAGAGGAUGAUGAAAUACGUUCUUCCCGGUAUCAUCAAGAAAAAUCGUCAAAUCAUUUCACGACAACAAUUAAACCGAUAAAGCCAAAUCUAGCAAAACAUACUUCGGUGUCUUCUUCGUCAUCUUCCUCGUCUUCCUCGUCUUCACCAGCUUCAUCAAAUGGAGAGAACCAAUGUAAUCGUAAAAUUAUACCUCAGUCUAGACAAGACAGCCACACUAGUCAACGGAACAAUCUUCGUUGCUCGGUCAAUGUUAAAUCAGAACAUCCAUCGUCACCAGUAGCCAAUUUAUCCUCCACCACAAUUACACCUAUAACACUUUCCUCCACUUUGACUGGACGCUCUUCCACUUCACCAGAAAUUGGUUGUAUUCCUCCUCCAUCAGCUGAAUCGGUUGAGAGUAAGCUAAUAUCGGCAUCAUCAGGACUUGUAGAUGAAAAUGGUAUCACAUUUUCAAAUUCAUUGUACUCGGCAUAUCAAACUUGGGCCCUAAAAACAUAUGGAGAUUCGGCAAAAACCAAGACAGUAACGCGUAAAAAAUAUCAAAGGAUUGUAAGAAUCUUGAAAGGUGAAGAAUCGACCAAUGUUGAAAAUUCCAAGUUCCGUUUUUGGGUUAAAGCCAAAGGAUUCAAAUUACGGUCCAAUGAUUUGUCACUUGAACCGCCAAUAUUGGCUAAUGAAGACAAAGAGGAAAAGCAAAGUGAAGACGAUGAAAAUAUCCUUUUGGUUCCAUGUACAAAGGUUUCACCGACCAAUUUACUUAAUGGCUCAGAAUGUGGUGAUAUUAAGUCGGAUGAAACGGUCUAUAAGAAAGUAGCUGUGGUGGAAAAUUUUUACAAAAUAAUUUAUAAUGUUCAUGUUGAAAUGGACGGUAGGUCGGGUAAACAUGCUGGACAGAAGCGGACUUAUCGAGCGGUUGCUGAAAUGUAUGCGUUCCUACCACGUGAAGCUGUGACCCGAUUCCUUAUGUCUUGUUCAGAUUGUCAAAAGCGUAUGCACCUUCAGGGUCUUAACACAUCAACUAAUGGUAAUCAUCAUUUAUCAACAUCACCAUUAUCAUCUAACUCAUAUCAAAAGAAAAGCUCUUCUCGGCGAUCAAAUAAUUCAAUAACAAGUCUUAAGCCAAUAAGGAAAUCAAAUGGAACCAGUAAUGAUCGUAAUCAAAAUGAUAUGGAUUUUAGUUUACCAAUAACAGCAACCUAUCUGAAAAGGAUGAAAUCUCUUGGUUACAACAAUGAGACAACAAAUAAUCAUAUUGAACACAGCAUAUUACCUUAUACUAUAAUUUGCGAUCAAUCAAGCUAUGGACAGCAAACAAAUCAACAGUCAACUGUAUUAAGUGCCAUCCAAAAUGAUCAAAUUAACGGAGAUGAGCCUGUAUCUGGUUCCGAUUAUAAUUCAGAGAUCUCAAUUGACUCCAAUGAUAUUGGUAAAGUUUCCAAAGUAGAUGAUAGUAAAACUGAAGGAUUCCGAGAAGAAUCAAAUCCAAAGAGUAACAACAAUGAUAUGUUGGCUGGUAAUGAUUUUACCAUGGACGAUGGCAAGGCAAUUGAAUCAACUGACUCAACAGGUCCAUUAGAUAUGACCAAAAUGUCUCGACGGUCAUCUUCUGAAUUAUCAUCAAACUGUUUGUACAGUACUGGCGAUUCACGGGCCACCAUAGUUUCCAUUAAUUCACAGAUAUCAGCUAAAUCACGAUCUCCUGCUCAAAGAGGGGCUCCAAUUAAACGUAAAGCCACAUCACCUAAAAGUCUAUCUUCAAAAGAUCUCACUAACCAUGAAUCCUGUCGUCCUGAGAAAAUGGCUGCUCUCAAUGGUAUAGAUGAGAUUACUCCAACCAGUGAAUACACCUUGAAGGAAGAGGAGGAAGAAGAUGAUGAUGACGAAGAAGAAGUUGACAAUAAGUCAAGUGAUAAAAUAGACGCCAAUAAUUUCGAUCCAGAACGCUUAAAGGCUUUUAACAUGUUUGUUAGACUUUUUGUGGAUGAAAACUUGGACCGGAUGGUUCCAAUUUCCCGUCAACCUAAGGAUAAAGUACAAGCAAUCAUUGAGAGUUGCAUGAGACAAUUUCCAGAGUUUUCUGAUCGAGCUCGUAAACGAGUUAGAACAUACCUAAAAAGUUGCCGUCGUACGCGUCGCCAUAAAGUUACCCCUUCCACAACUACUCAGCAGUCAUCUGAUACACUAACCAACGGACACAAAGAUAGUAGCUGUUCAACUAAUAGUAUUGAAAUUUCCCUUAGUUCAUCCUCUGGAACUUGUCUUUCUUCCUUGUCUUCAAACUCUUCAGUUUAUCAUUUAACUUCUCCCAUUGCUGAGCAAAUCCUUGCUUCAGCCUGUGCCAAUGAAAGUUACAAUGCGAAACGAAUGAGAGCUGGUCUCAAACCAUUGCCCGGUCGAUCAAUAUCUCCUUCUGUCAGGGACUCUUCUAAUUGUGAUCAUUUUAACAAUUUCUCAGAGUCUCAAACUAUCAAUGAUAAUUUAGGCUCCAUCUUACCUUCAACUACUUCACCAUCAUCUGAAUCAGCUGUUCAAGUUCUUAAACCAAGCGCCAGUUCUAGCCUUAAUUCCACGCUUCUAGCUGCUCUAACUGGUCACUCCAAAGUUGAUCAUGUUGAUUACAAUCAAUCAGAAGUUACAGAGCCUCUGAUGUUAUUGAAUAAGAAAGACGAUUCUCCCUUGAGAUGUGAUGAACUUGAAAAUACUGGUCGACAAGUAAAUCAAUCAUUCCCAACCAUCAAUGGAAAUGGAUCUCUUUCAACACCCUCAUCUUUGGCACCAUUAUCAACAUCCUCGCCAUCUUUUCACUCUUCAUCACCUGUCCCUAGACCCAAUAUUGCUAAUGGAACCACCAAUUGUAUUAAUUCUGGAGGGAAUCAACAUUCAAACUCACCCCAACAACAACAAGGAUUAACAUCAAAUUAUUUGCCUUACACUUAUUCACUUAGUCCAGGGGAAACGGCUGCAAUUAAAACACUCAUUGCUGGCUAUAGAGAAUCGGCAGCAUUUCUUCUUCGCUCUGCUAAUGAAUUGGAACACCUUUUAAUUCAACAAAUUUAAAUUGAUUCCAUAAGAAAUACGCAUUCCAUGAUUAAAUUCUUGUUACAAGAAAAUCAUUUCCAAAUCAAUUAUAAUGAUAUCUGUCAAUUCAAAGUGACGAGUUGCUUAACACAAUUUAUCCGCAAAUUAGCCAGCUGCUCAUCAAAGAUAUCCUUUAUUGUUGGAGUUAAUCUAAUUUAUUUGCUUGAUAAUUUAAGCGUUAUUGUUUCUUUACAAUCUUCCAUCAUUCCAAGCUGUACAGUUUUCGUUCAAGACUCAUUCAACUUUAAACACAUACAUCAUCGUCAUAAAUUCAAUUCGCCAUCUGUAAAUUCAAAUCUUUGGAAAUUUGAUUCUUCAUCAAUUAUCUCCAAACUACAGGCUAAUAGAGUGCAAUCAGCGUACAAACAUACAUCAACUUAACCUAAAAAAACCAACAAAGCAUAGUCACAACUUUCUUAAUUCCAGAUACAUAUUCUUGUUCAAGUGCCGAAGCACCACGGAGCUUAUGAAACAAUAAUCCAACUAUAAACAACCAUUUAAUUUAUCGUCGAAAAAGGGUCCAAUUCGAUAUUAUCAAGCCCAUUUAUAAAUACUAUUUGCCUUUCAUUAAGCUUGCCAAGAUGUUCGUGAUAAUGUCAGGGUAAUCCAGUCAACCUGCCUACAAAUAAACAAAAAAAAACAAAAAAUCAAAGCCAACAAUCCUAAAAGACGUAUUAAUAUGGGAACAAAAAUGAACAAAAGGUUUUAUCACCUGCAACACAUCACACUGAAUGCCGGUUAACAUCCAGUUAACCUGAAAUUACCCUGAAAGCUUCCACAAUUUACCACGUCAAUAGAGUCAAACAUGAAAUGAAACUAAAUUAUCAAGUCAACAGUUUCCUUACCAUCUCCAUUUACUGAGUGUAAAAGGUUGGAAUUUUUCAAAUUCAGGAUCGAUUCCAUGAUAAAGCCAUUGAAGCAUAAUUUUAACCAAACAAAGAAACCAUGGACACCAAAUGAUAUUCAAAUGUUAAAUGUUAAAAGUUAACAUUGCCAUUUUGAUUAAACAAUUGAAACGCAAGAUGAAUGAAUAAAAAUUUCAUAAUUGCUAACAAUUGAAUGGAUAUUUGAAUAUUCCUGUUGGUUUCUAUUGAUUAAAUGGGAUUGUCGUCAUUGUAUUCCUUGAUUGUUCUCGUCUUUCCGUGGGUAAACUGAUUCGUGUUUCCAUUCACCAAUGAUACGUCAAUCAGGCAAUUAGCGUCUAUGUCAAGUUGACGCAAAUUGGAUUCAAUUACCAUUCAUCUCAUCAAAUUGACACAACACUGAAAACAAAACAUAUCUUCAAACUUUCCUAAUCCAAUUUGUUGUUCACUAAAUUCACAAGCUUCGCAAUAUCAUCUUAAACUUCCAUAUCUUCCAUGAAAUAGUCAACAAGACAAUAUAUUUGAGUAACAAAUCUCAAUCAAUCAAAAAUCAAACUUGAUACCGAUUCAAACUAUUGUACAACCAAACAUCAUUAUCAUUUCAAUUACUUCAACCAUCUAGUCUUCAUCUAAUCAUUAAACAACCUUAUUGUGAUUAACGGCUAAAACAACUAAAAAGUUAAACUCCAACAUUUCCCAUUAUUCUCGAUGUCAACUUCAUUUUACAUUCCUACCAAAAUUUAUCAGCCAAAUGUUCAUUACUACGGUUAAAUCGAGCUCAUUUCAGUCAACUAAAUUUGCAUUUUGAUCAAUUCUCAUGUGAAUCUCAAAGGCAGCUUAAACACAAUCAGAAACCAAUAAUGGUUGUCUUCAAAAACAUUUAUAUUUAUGUCGCUAUCUUCAACUUACAAGUGUUUAAUUGUGAUUAACUUGGUAUAAAUGUUAUCGUUUCAUGUAAAAGGCAAAAUUCGUAUUUUGUACUUUAUAAUGAAAAAUAAACAACUUACAUGCUA